UGAAAAUGUCUUCGAGGUCGAAAAACACGACACGACUACCACCCAGCAUCCUGGAACAGAUAAAUGGUCCAUCUGGAAACGACGAGCCGCGCCGCAGGAAACAUAAGGCUACCCUCUCCAGGAAGGAAUCCAGGAAACAAGAACGGCAUACAAAAAAGCAAAAUAAGGCUGUUCACUUCUCCGGAGGUCCUCGAGCUCCAAAACGUCCUGCAGAAGAGGAGCUUCAUGACUCUUCCAAACGCAAGAAAGCCAGGCUCGAAUCAAGCCCUAAUUCUGCAAAAACUGUUGUGAUGAGCGCUCCUAGUUCUGCAGAAAAGACCGUGAAACCCUUGAAGAAGCCUCCAACGCCGUUGGAGAAGCUCGUCAGCGGAUUCAAAGCCAAAUCCCAACCGCGUACUUCCAAAGAGAUGGAGGAAGACCGCUACAUUGUGUACUUAGAGUCCAAGCUUGGGUCAAAAGGAAAAAGGGAAUCUGGCGAAGACGAUGGCCUUGACGAACUACUGGACUUCACCUCGUCAAUAGGGUUGAACGUCCCCGACGAACUUGAAGACGAAACCGAUGUAAACCCAGAAAGCAACGACAGCGAGAAGGACGCACAAGAGGAAGACUUGGAGCUGAAAUCAUCAGACUACAGUGAUGAAUCUGCCGGCGCACUUGGAGAUGUUGCGGAAGAUGACGACGAAUAUGAAGAAUGGCAUGGAAUAAACAGUUCUUCAUCUGAUUCAAGAAAGGAUCGCGGACAGACUAGCGAGGUUCCUACUGUCUCACACUACAUUCCGCCACAUCUACGACAUGAUCAAACCUUCGAGAAUGACUCCGAGGAAGUCAUCAAAUUAAAGAGAAACCUCAAAGGUCUACUCAACCGUAUGAGUGAGCAAAACUUGGCAAGCAUUCUGGAUGGCAUAGAAGAGCAGUAUCGAAAACAUCGGCGUCAUGACGUCACUUCCACAAUAACGGCCCUUAUAGUUGAAGGGAUCUCAGUUCACUCCUCGCUACUCGAUUCUUAUGUCGUAUUACAUGCUGCAUUCGUGUCGAGUCUACACAAGGUUGUCGGAAUCGAAUUCGCGGCCUAUUUCGUUCAGACCCUUGUGUCUUCAUACGAAAAGUACUACCAGACUAUCGGCAGCAAUCUUUCCUCAGAAGUUGAAGAAGGGACGAAGGGCAAAGAAUGCUCGAACCUUAUAGUUCUCCUCUCAGAGCUCUAUAACUUCCAGGUCAUCUCUUGCGUUCUCGUCUUCGAUAUCAUUCGUGGUAUAUUAGAAAGCAAAUUCUCAGAGUUCAACAUCGAACUGCUAUUAAAGAUGUUGCGAAGUUCCGGGAAACAGCUUCGUCACGAUGAUCCUUCUGCCCUUAAAAGCAUAACGGAAAUAUUUCAGAAAAAGCUUUCUGAGGUCGGGGAAAAACCGAGCUCACGGACCCUUUUCAUGGUUGAGACUCUUACCAAUCUCAAGAAUAACAAGGUCAAGAAGUUAGCGACCCAAAACCAAGGAGGUGAAGCUGUUGAACGGAUGAAGAAAUUCCUUUCAGCACUGAGUAAGAAACGGCAUGUGGCUACGAAUGAGCCGCUCAGGGUGUCACUGGCUGAUCUUCAUUUUGCCGAAAGCAAAGGGAAAUGGUGGCUUGUCGGCGCCGCGUGGGGUGGGGACCCUCUAGUAGAUCACCACGAGACGCAGAAAGAAGCAGCCUCCGGUGCAUCUUCGGUAGCAUCGUCAAACAACGCCCUUUUGAAAUUGGCCCGCAAACAAGGAAUGAAUACCGACAUACGACGGAGUAUAUUUGUUAUCCUUAUGAACAGUGAGGAUUACGUCGACGCUUGUGAUAGGCUGUCGCAGCUCAACCUUUCUGAGGUACAGCAGCGGGAAAUAAUACGGGUCCUUCUUCAUUGUUGUGGCAAUGAGAAAACAUAUAACCCAUACUACACUUUGGUUUGCCAGCACCUAUGUCGCUUGUCUCACUCUUACAAGGUGACGCUGCAAUUCUGCCUUUGGGACUUUUUACGGGACUUGGGUGAGGCGGAAGUUGGAGGUGCAGAGGUGAUAAAGAGCAUCAAGGAGAGUGGCGUUUCCAAGAGCUUUGAUCUCAAAUCCAUUUCAUCAAUUCGGCUUCGGAACGUUGCUAAAGCAUAUGCGUGGUGGAUGUCCAAGGACUGUGUUACACUUGCUAUUCUGAAGCCUGUUGACUUUACGCUCCUGAAGCCCCAGACAAAACAGUUUAUCGGAGAAAUGCUUUGUCAGCUUUUCAUAAGCACCCAAACCUCGUCCCCCUUGAUUGGUUCCAAUGCCGAAACCCUUUCGAUAAUGCGGAAUCGAGUUGCCAUUGAGGAGGUCUUCAUUAAAGCGACAAAGGUACAGAACCUAGCGAUGGGUUUGGUUUAUUUUCUGUCGAAUUUCACACAAGACGACGUAGUCAUCGGCGAGACGAUGGUAAAAUUUAUUAGGUGGGCGACAGAGGUCGCCAAGGACACUUUGCGCACUGUGGUCAAUGUUAUUCCCAAUCUAUGAUAGCUACAUCUUUUUGAAUGCAACACUAGAACAGACACUUCCGCUUUUACCACC